CUCGCCUAGCCGGCCGCAGCUCGGGUCUCUCCGCCGCCCCGGCCAUGGCCGCGCUGCCCCCGGCGCCCGCGCCCCUGCGCCCCGGGGGCCGCCGCUGAGACUCGGGGCCGCGGCCGCCUGCCCGCCCGAGAUGCUCCCCGAGGCCGCCGCUGCUCCUGCGGGGUGACGGCUUCCCCGUCGCCCGCGCGCGUCCGGCCCCUCCGUCCAGUCUCGGACGCCCAAAGCGGUCAGCAGCCACAAGCGGAGGCCGAGAGGGGAAACCUUCCUGGGUUACUAUGCGCUUGCGACUGAUCCCUUGGUUUUUCAUCAUCCUGAACUUCAUGGAGCACAGCGGCAGCCAGCACGCCGCCCGCGGAAGGCGGCAGCGCAGAAUGCACCCCAACGUCAGCCAAGGCUGUCAAGGAGGCUGUGCGACGUGUUCUGAUUACAAUGGGUGUCUGUCAUGUAAGCCCCGACUGUUUUUUGUUCUGGAAAGAAUUGGCAUGAAGCAAAUAGGAGUGUGUCUCUCUUCAUGCCCAAGUGGAUAUUAUGGAACUCGAUAUCCAGAUAUAAAUAAGUGUACAAAAUGUAAAGCUGACUGUGAUACCUGCUUCAACAAAAAUUUCUGCACAAAGUGUAAAAGUGGAUUUUACUUGCACCUUGGGAAGUGCCUUGACAGUUGCCCAGAAGGGCUGGAAGCCAAUAACCACACCAUGGAGUGCAUCAGCAUCGUGCACUGCGAGGCUGGAGAGUGGAGUCCUUGGGGUCCGUGCACGAAGAAGGGGAAAACGUGCGGCUUCAAGAGAGGGACUGAGACCCGAGUCCGAGCAAUAAUUCAGCACCCUUCGGCGAAGGGGAGCCUGUGUCCUCCUACCACCGAGACAAGGAGGUGCACAGUGCAGAGGAAGAAGUGCCAGAAGGGAGAGCGAGGAAAAAAAGGAAGAGAGAGGAAAAGAAAAAAACUGAAUAAAGAAGAAAGUAAAGAAGCAAUCCCUGAUAACAGAGGUCUGGAAUCCAGCAGAGACACCCCAGAACAACGAGAAAACAAAGACAAACAGCAGCAGAAGAAGAGAAAAGUCCAGGAGAAGCAACAGAAAUCGGUACCGGUCAGCACUGUGCACUAAAGGGUCCUGGGAGAUUAGUGUAGACUCUGGCGCUGCUGUCUCAGUUGGAGAUGCCCUGGAAAGGGGCCAUAGCCCUUGGGACCACAGACGGACAAUGCAGCAGUUACUCCUCUGUCUAGACAACAUUCCAAAUAGCUGUACAUGCUUCAUGCAGGCAUAGCUGACAACAGAGAGCCGAAAGUUCAAAGGAGGGAUACCUUCACGCAGUUAUCUUACUGCUUCUGUGCAUUUUUAGAAGACAAGAAAUUUUGUACAUAAUUAUCAAUAAGCUAUAAGCUAUCAUCAGCAUAAUGAUGACAUCUGGAGAAGAAACGUCUUUUCCCUAUUAAAGUAUUUGUCCAGCUAUUAUUUUAAGAAGCGACAGAUGAUUCUGCAGAUUCAAAGAUGCAGUAUCCCCUCAAAACAAUUAGGAGAUUGGGAAAAGAGACAUCCUUCCAAGGAAGUGCGCUUCUGUCUGGGAGAGCUAGAGAGCUCAGGGUGAGGGCCUGGAGGUGGAGUGCUAGAACUGACCACGCAGGAGCAGCUUUACACUAGAAGAGUUCAGGUUACUCUUUGCUCUCCCGCGCUCCUUCAAGAAAGACAAGAGUGUGCACCCGAGUUAAAUAUUCUGUGUGGGACUGGAGGAAGGCAAAACGUGGAAGAAAUCAUAGCUUUGGAGACUGCUUUUGUGCUUUACAAAACAGUGAAGGGUCAUGUUCACCAGGAACAGGUCUCCAAUGUAUGGCAGCGCUGCUGGGUCAGCCUCGCUGCCCCUUGGAUUGCAUAAGUCUGUAAGCCUGUGCCUCUAACUUUCUUCCAAAAUCAGAAUCACACUUACUGAGAGAAAAUUCUGAUUUCAUAGAACACAAAACAAUAGAGCAAAGAGAAUAUACCAUGUUUGCAAAGUCUGCGUUUCCUUUCUCUCUCAAUGAGGGAAAAACAGUUUUAUUACCUGCUUACUGGUCCACCCGGAACUGAAAGGAGUCCUACUUUCUAACACGAUGUGUCUAGUGAGGAAGAAAGCCGCCACAAUAAAUAUAUUUGUUA